AUGGCUGAGGAGGCACAACCCGGUUCACUUACAAGGGUAAGGAAAUUCAAGGACUGGGUUCAUGACUACGUCUCGUUUUCACCAUGGAUAUGCUCCUUUAUCGAUACCAAACAUUUCCAGCGAUUGAGAUACAUCAAACAGCUGGGUGUCUCAUACUUCGUCUUCCCUGGAGCUGCCCACAACCGGUUUGAGCACUGCCUGGGUGUCGGACACCUUGCAAGGCUCAUGGCGGUACACCUCAAGGACUCCCAGCCCCAGCUCGGCAUCACAGAUCAACAUGUGAAAUGUGUCGAACUUGCAGGGCUCUGUCAUGACCUUGGACAUGGACCAUGGUCUCAUCUCUGGGAUAGCAUCUUCAUCCCGACAGCUCUCCCUGGAAAACGCUGGAAGCAUGAAGAUGCCUCAGAAAUGAUGUUCGACGACUUGGUCGAGACGUAUAGGCCAGAAAUUACUCCAGAAGAAGUCGUUAUCGUCAAAGCACUUAUCGCAGGGGACAGAACGCGUUGUCCUCUAGGGACCGAGAAGCCCUUCCUUUUCGAAAUUGUAGCAAACACACGCAACGGCUUAGAUGUUGACAAGUUCGAUUAUAUCGCGCGAGAUUGCCAUGCUGUAGGCGAUAGAGGGAAUUUGUCCAUUUCGAGACUCAUCUCGUCUGCGCGCGUGAUCGAUAAUAAGAUAUGCUAUGACAUCAAAGACGCCAACCAAAUAUACGAGCUGUACUACACUCGUUUUUCUCUGCACAAGCGCGUAUACAACCACAAGACCAUCAAAGCCAUCGAGUAUAUGGUCAUCGACGCCCUCCUUGCUGCAGAGCCCUACCUGAAAGUCGCCUGCCUGGUCGAUAAACCCGAUAGAUACGUCUUCCUCACCGAUAACCUUCUCAACAAAAUCGAGGAAUCCACCAAAAAAGAGCUCGAACCCGCACGCGCUAUCAUAGAACGUCUACGUACACGUGAUCUCUAUCGACUUGUCGAUUACAAAGUUUUCUCAUACGCAGACCAUGACAUGGUGCGCCAAAACGUUACCCCUGCUCGCAUCGUCGAAGUCGCAAAAUCCGGAUUGCUGGAAGGUGUCGACGAAGAAUUAGUGUCACAGCUCACGCAGGAAUGUGUAGCAGUGAACGUGUCAGUGCUGCACUAUGGAAAGGGUCCAAGUAACCCGUUAGACGAUGUGACAUUUUACUCGAAGCAACAGCCUGAUGUUGGUCGCAAGGCAGACCGUAGCGACAUCUCCCUUCUUAUGCCUUCCACGUUUGCGGAGGUAUGGCUCCGGGUAUACACCAAAGACUGCCAGUUCUUCGGGCUAAUUCAAGCUGCCUACCGGCAAAUUCUAAAAAUGCUCCAACCGUCCGAAGGCGUAGUUGCUUCUGACGAGCAGCAGCAUGAGGACGAAGUUGCACCCGAGGACCCCGAAGUGAUGGUAAAAUUGUGGACACCUUCAACUUCUCUUGACUCACCCUUAUCAACACCCCGUACGUCUUCGCGGAAGGCAAGUGCCAGCUCAUUGGCUGAACAUCGUCCCGGCCCUGGCGCGGGCCCAUCUCCAAGCAUAGGCUCUCCUUCGGCUCCCGGUGCAGGCCCAGGCAGUGACCAACUCCGUCGUCCAUCCACGCCUCUCUCAUCCAACACUAUGGGCAACAAUCGUCGUGGUCGCGCGUUUGGCCGGACCCCAAGUUUUUCCGACAACGCGUUCACGACUGUGCCUCCGAAUUUCAGGGACGUAUCGCCUUCGAGGAAGCCAAGAAGUAAACGUGCGAGGGAGGGUGAAGAAGGUGGGCAUGCGCCUACGAAAAAGAGUCGUAUUGAUGGCGUGGGUUCGUCCUGA